AUGAAUCGUCAACGUUGUUGUUCGACGUUGGGCCUCUUGGUGUUGGCCUUAAUGCAAAUAUUUGCAUGCUGUCGGGCCGAAGAAGGAGGCAAAUAUACCGUUAUCGCUCCCGGUACCAUACACUCCAAUGACAAAUAUACGGCAGCUGUGGCCGUACAUCACGUGGACUCUGCAUGCCAAAUAAAAGUGGGCAUUACCGGUCCCUCCUUUAAUGAAAGUAAAAUUGUUGAGGUCACAGGUUCGGAAAUAAAAGAAGUUGAGUUCGCAGUGCCCACCUUGGCUGAGGGUAACUACAAUCUAACAGCUGAGGGUGUCAAUUGUCUGGAGAAUUUUAAAAAUUCCACUAAAUUGAGUUAUGCCAAAUUUAACACCUACGUUCGGAUCCAAACCGACAAGGGUCUAUAUAAACCUGGUGACACCAUCAAUUAUCGGGUAUUGUUUUUGGAUAAGGAUUUGAAGCCAGCCGUGCCGGAAAAGGAUACUUUGAUAUGGUUGGAAGAUGGUAAACGAAAUCGCAUCAAGGAAUUGAAAAAUUUCGAAGUGGUCAAGGGGGUGCAUACGGGCCAAUUUAAAAUUUCCGAAUUUCCGGUAAUGGGUAAUUGGCGUGUGGUGGUGUCCAGCAAGGGUCAAUAUGAACGUUCCGUGUACUUUGAGGUGCAGAAAUAUGUCCUGCCGAAAUAUGUGGUAAAGGCUGAGGCCACCGAGUCGGUGUCGGUUAAGGAUGGUGAUAUGCAGGUUAUUGUUCGGGCCAACUACACCUAUGGCAAGCCCUUGAACGGCAAAGCCACCGUCAUCCUCAGCCUGGGAACCUACUACGACUUCGGUCGCAAUUCGGAAAAUGAAAAACAACAACCACCCAGCAUAAUACGCACCGGCGAUAUGAUCCAAGGCAAGGCCAAGAUUGAUCUGAAUGUCAAGGAGCUGGAGGCUUAUUUGCAUAGCAAAGAAUAUUCCACCUAUGCCAGUAUUGUGGCCACCGUGGAAGAGGAAUUUACAGGGGUGAAAAUCAACACCACCGCCAGUACCCAAAUCUACCCCUACCGCUAUGCCAUGCAUUGUGUCCAUUAUUAUGAAUGUAACUCCUUUGAGGCGGAUAAGGAAAAGGAGGUAAUGAUCCAGUUGACCUAUGUGGAUGGAUCACAUUUGAAGGACACAAAGACCCCAGUGGAAUUGGUAUACACCGAGGUGUUGGAAAAGAAUUCUUGGCAUCAGCCCCGCCAUAUGGAGGAUGAGGAGGUGACAACGACCCUAAUGCCACCGAUUUCGGGAAAUCUCAGUUACAGCUUCAAUGGUUUUAUGAAUGAGACAGGUUUCGUGACCUUCAAGGUAAAGCUGAGCGAUCUGAAGGAAUACGAGGGCUAUACCCAUUACUAUAACAUUGAGGCCAAAUAUCGGGAUGAAAAACGUGAUGUCAAUAAUGCCUAUCAAUACCGGGAACCCAAAAAGGUCGAUACACCAGCUGAGGAGUUGCCCAAGGAAUGGUUUAAAAUUGAGGAUAAAUAUUAUAAUAAUCGGUAGGUUUGGGAGACCCUUUCACUGGAUCUACAAAUAAGUGAUUUUUUUCUCCUUCUUUCUAGGCCCAAAUUAUUCCAGCCUGAACAUUUCACAGUGAACUCCAGCAAACCCCUGGCCUAUUUGGAUUAUAAUGUUAUUGCCCGGGGUAAUAUUGUCAAGUCGGGACAUAUCGAUUUACCUCAGAAGCCCAUGGUGCACAAUAUCACCAUCACACCGGAAUUGGUGUAUUCUCCACGGUUCUCGAUUUAUAUUUAUUAUAUUGAUGAGCAGGGUGAAUAUCACUAUGCGGAGGAUACCUAUUAUAUUGACUACGAAUUGGAGAAUAAGAUCAACAUCACUGCCGCCGAGCAGGUCAAACCCGGCCAAGAAGUUGCCUUGAAAAUUAAGACAGCCCCCAAUUCGUUUGUCGGCCUCAUGGCUGUGGACCAAAGUGUUCUGCUCUUGAGAUCGAACAAUGAUAUUCGUGCCAGUGAAUUCGGCUGGACUGUGGGUUCUUAUGUCACGCGCACCCCUCAUCAGGGUGGCUAUUCUUAUUAUCCUGGUACCAUUGCCGGUUGUAUUACCCUGACAAAUGGUGAUUAUUUCUAUAAUUGGACCAAACCGGAUUAUAUGACAAGUGAGUUUAUAGCGCACCGAAAAUAUGCGUCAUCGACCACAUUAAAGGUAUGUUUUUGUUUUAGUAGUGCCAUUUGCGGCCCAUCAGGUGCUGCUGGAUUUGCUGGAGCUGCGGGAGGUUUUGGUGGUAGUGGCGCUGUACAGGUUCGCAAAGAUUUUGCAGAGACCUGGAUAUUUGAUAAUAUUGAAAAUACUGACAAGGAAGAAUUUACCUGGUCCAAGAAAAUACCCGAUACCAUUACCUCAUGGAUGUUGACCGGCUUUGCCAUGAACAGUGAAAAGGGUUUGGCGGUGACGGGUGAUAAAACCAAGAUUACGACCUUCCAGCCAUUCUUUAUUUCCAUACGUCUGCCAUAUUCCGUUAAGAGAGGUGAGGUCAUCAACAUCCCCGCCCUGGUCUUCAAUUAUUUGGACAAAACCCUCGAUGUUGAGGUCACCUUGGAUAAUAGCGACAAUGAAUUUGAAUUUACCGAAAUCACCAACGAAGUAAUUGGCGAUCAAUCACGCACGAAGAUGGUUCGAGUACCUGCUAUGGGUGCCGCCGGGGUUGCCUUUAUGAUCCGCCCUAAAGUUUUGGGCAAUGUCAUGUUGAAGUACACCGCCAUUUCUCCAGUGGCCGGUGAUGCCGUCCACAAAUCGAUGAAGGUUGUACCCGAAGGUGUUACUAAAUAUGGCAAUCGGGCCUUCUUUGUCAAUCUCAACAAGGAGGCGGAAAUUAAAUCGUCCUUCGAACUGGAAUUGCCUGCGGAGAUUAUACCUGAUUCGCAACAUGUUGAGGUCGGGGUUGUGGGUGAUAUUUUGGGUCCCGUCGUCAAUAAUCUCGACAAUUUGGUACGCCUACCCACCGGCUGUGGUGAACAGACCAUGUCCACACUGCUGCCGAAUUAUUUAGUUAUGAAAUAUUUGGAGAACACCAAACGCCUGACCCCCAAUAUGGAAACGAAGUUACGUUACAACAUGGAAACUGGCUACCAACACAUGCUCAACUAUCGCCAUCCCGAUGGCUCUUUCAGCUCCUUUGGACCCCAUAAACUUAAUGGCCAGCUGAAUAAUGGUUCCACCUGGCUGACAGCCUAUGUGACCAGAUCCCUAAUCCAAUUGCAGGACUACAUCAAAGUUGAUCCGAAAAUCAUUGAAAACUCCUUGGAAUACCUGGUCCAUCAACAGGCCAAAAAUGGUUCAUUUACGGAAAAAUCUCAAGGCUUCUUCUAUGCGGCCCAAGCCAAUCACGUGUCCCUCACAAGUUCGGUCCUAUUGGCCCUGCUGGAAAAUAAAACCUAUGCUGAGAAAUAUUCGCAAGAAAUCUCAAAGGCUUUGGAGUUUAUUAACGAGAAUUCGGAGAAAUCUGAAUCCCUUCAUGCCCAGGCUAUUGCCACCUAUACCCUGGAUAGGGCCCACCAUGCCAAAGCCCCAGAGAAGUUGACAAAAUUGAAUUCUUUGGUCAAAACUGAUGGUGAUCGUAAAUGGUGGUCAAGCUCGGAUAGACCUCUGACGCGUAGAUGGUGGCUAUAUGUCUACAGCAGUGAUGUGGAAAUUAGCUCCUAUGCCUUGCUAACCCUCCUCAAUCAACCCUCACCCAAUAUGGAUGAAAUUCUGCCCAUAAUUAGAUGGCUCAUUGCCCAGCGUAAUAGCUAUGGUGGUUUUGCCUCCACCCAGGACACUGUGGUGGGUCUCCAGGCUCUCAUAAAAUUCGCCAAAUUAGCUGACUAUGAACCGGCAAAAAUGGUCGUGGACAUAGCCUCCAAGGGUGCCGACAAAGAGAAACAGGAAACCCUCAAGCUCACCGAGGAAAAUGAUAUUCUCUAUCAAAAUGUGGAGAUGCCCGAUAAAACCAAAUCCGUGGAGUUCUCAGCCAAGGGUAGUGGCGCUGCCAUGGUCCAAAUUGCCUAUCAAUAUAAUAUCCUGGAAAAGGAACAGCCCAGUUUUGAGAUUACCACCGAAAAACAAAAGACCGGUCAAAAAUCCGCCCUGCUAAUGAAUGUCUGUGUGGAAUAUAAGGGUGAGGGUGAAGCUUCAAAUAUGGCAGUGUUGGAAAUUAAUACCCCCUCGGGAUAUGUGGUCGAAGAUGAAAGUCUGCCCGCCAUCAAGGAGGUGAAGAGAGUUAGUAACGUUGAAUUGAAAAAUUCCAACUCUCUGCUGGUAAUCUACUUCGAUCAUUUGUAUAAGGAUCAAAAGACCUGUAUUCUGUACGAGGCCAUUCGUGCCCAUGCUGUUGCUAUGCAAAAACCUGCUGUCAUCCGGGUCUAUGAUUAUUACGAUUCGAAUAAGAAGGCAACCGAUUUUUAUGAAGUUGAAUCGAAACUCUGUGAUAUUUGUGAAGGCGAAGAGGAGUGCAGUAAAUGCAAAUAA